AUGGUGAUUGGGCAUGAAAUAACACAUGGAUUCGACAAUGCUGGAAAGUUUUUUGACAAGGAUGGUAACGUAAAGAACUGGUGGUCUCCUGUGUCUCAGAAUGGAUUCCGUACUAGAGCAAGUUGCCUUGCAAAGCAGUAUUCAAAAUUCGAGGUCUACGAAAAAAAGAUAAACGGUAAUCAAACAAUUAACGAGAACAUCGCUGAUAAUGGAGGGAUCAAACUAGCAUUCAAUGCUUAUAAAACGUUGGUUGACAAAGAAGGCACUGAGGGCGCUCUCCCUGGCCUGGGUCUAAGCGAGGAACAAUUGUUCUUCGUCGGUUUUGCACGGUAUUUUAAAAUGACGAAAAGUACAUUCAUGUCACUUUUUUGUCUUUUUUUUUUUCAGAUAAACGGUAAUCAAACAAUUAACGAGAACAUCGCUGAUAAUGGAGGGAUCAAACUAGCAUUCAAUGCUUAUAAAACGUUGGUUGACAAAGAAGGCACUGAGGGCGCUCUCCCUGGCCUGGGUCUAAGCGAGGAACAAUUGUUCUUCGUCGGUUUUGCACGGCCUUGGUGUAGCAUUUACAAGAAGAAAGCAGCGCUUCUUCAAGUUGAGGCUGACACGCAUACCUACCCUAAAUACAGGAUAAUCGGCACUCUUCAUAACUACGAUAAGUUUGCGGAGGCUUUCCACUGCGAACCUGGUUCCCCUAUGAACCCAGAGAAAAAGUGUACCUUGUGGUGAUUGGACUCUCCGUUCUUUUCUCGUGAAACAUUUAUGAAAUACCAGAACACUGUACUGGGGAGGAAAUAAUUAUUGGAUUCGGAUGUCGCAUGAUCAGUGGAGAGAAUUACCGAGGGCGUGUAUGCAUACAAUCGAACAAGCAAACAACCAGACCAACAAACAGAUAUCAUGCUUGAUAAAUUCGAUACUGUGCGAAAAGCUUAUUACAAAUAUCUGACCAAUUCUACUCGUUCCAUAUCUGCCAGGCUUCAGCAAAAAGUUUCUAUUAGUCCUUCUUUUUAAUUAUAAUGUUGAUUCUUCAUACGUAGCUUGAAGUAACGUCACACGCGGACAGUAAACGCUAUCUACAUGUUCUCUCGUUCUUGUUAGAUAGUCUUUUUUUUUUUUCCAUUUUUUUUUCUCUAGACUCUUGUCUAUGUGUUUUAAAAGAAGCUAUGUUCUUCAUUCUGCAAUGUAGACAACCCUGAUUGUAGUAUAAUGAGAGAAAUUAAGUGUCUGUUAUAUCUAGAAUGUACACUUUCUUGUGCUAAAAAUAGAUCUUUGCACCGCGCGCCCGAACACAAUUUCUGCAACGCGUGAUAGCCACUUUUCAGAAAUGACUUGGGAAUGUAGCCUUUACAUCGCUGCAAAAAUUUCAGUUUAUUAUUAGUGAUAGUAGUUGGACCUCGUGUCGUACAAUUCAGGGAGUAAUCGCGAGAGUAAUUUCAAAAUCGCACGAGCGCGAAGCGCGAGGCCGUUCUGAAAUUCGAAAUUACGAGAACAAUUACUCCAAUACGAGGUCUAAUAAGCCACUUUCGAUGUAUUAAAAUUCGGCCCGAUAGUGAGGCCUAGAGGACACAA